CAUUUCCACUUCUCCAACGCGUUCGUGAUCUUCCCUGCCUUCCUGCUCUAGUUGGUACCCAUGUAUGUAUUGGUUGGUACCGCUACCACAUUUUGCUUUAACGCACUGAAAGUCAGCAGGUGGGGUACAGUGGAUCAUUCAGACUGUAUGCUUUCGUAUAAUCUAUUUGAGAGUCACUUGACGUGGUUUCCUUGCUUGGCCUAUUGGACACAGACGGCCCGCCGUAAAUGAAAAUGUCCCUGGUCCAGCGGGUGCUGCUGAGUUGGUUUUUUGCCCUCGUCUUCCUCAUCAUGCUGGUUCUCAAGCUGGACUCUAAUAUCGACUGGAACUGGUUUCUCAUAUUCCUUCCCAUUUGGACCUUUGACGCGAUUCUCAUCCUCGUGCUGGUCGCGAGGAUGGCAGGUCGUUGUAAACAAGCGUUGAACCCGCGAGAUGGACAUCAGAACCUGCCGCGCACAAUGUGGUACCUCAUAGCACUGCUGCUAAAACUUGGCUUUUGCUUGGCGCUGUGUUCCCGCCUGGAGAAGCUCACGGACAUUUGGCUGAGCGUGGUGUGCAUACCUCUCUGGACCCUGUUGGUUGGGGCGUUAGUAGAACUGGGUCACAGCGUGUUCCAGUACAGAAGGGAAUGAGGAAUGGACUACUAGGGUCAUAUUUCACUUCUUCCAGGACAAAUUGAGGAUGAAGAUUGGAGGGUUUUUUUGUUUGUUUUUUAACCACUAAAGAUAUGCUUGAAGGGAAACUUUGUUACACUGCACAACUAUUUUUAUUCAUUCAUUGUUACAAACCAUUUUCGUAAAAGUCAGUUCAUUUUAUGUGGUGCACUUCACAUAUCGGAGAACUGGUACACUAAUACCAUUUUUGUACGUGCUUUACCAAAUACACUGUUUAAAACAGUUGACUUGAUUAUUGUGUCGACAAAUCGAUGUAUGCAUCUUAUGUAUCUCGGGAGUCGUUUUAGCAUACACCAAACGGGACUGAAACGUCACAUGUAGGAAACAAGAACUUAAUAUACAUCAUUGGAAUAUUGCCUUUUCUCCGAUUUCUGCAUGAUAUAUUAUUAAUGGUAGAUGUAACAUUGACAUCGAACGCCCAAAAUGGGUACUGCAGUCCAAAUUCAUCAUUUGAAGAGUUGUCUCCGCCCCCCUCCUGCCGAGACUCAAGCAGGUUGCCAGGUUGAGUUACACUGCCUACACGACUGCAACAUAAUUUGGUACGAGCGCAAUUAUAUUUCGACACUGAUGAACGACAAGUCCUACAUUGUAAGAUGAGUUAAUACUUGCAAUUUAUUGUUUGUUGUAUAUUAUAAACAAGUUCAUGCUG